GGUUAAUCUUCUGUGCUCAAGGCUAAAAAGCAAGUCAACUAUGCAGAGUCUGAUUCGGAAGGUGAAGAUGAUGACGAGGAAAUAUUCCGCCCCAGUCGGAAAAAUAACGCUCAUAGUAGGACUGCCAAACGGCGAAAAAUGUCACCAGAGAGUGAUGAUGAUUUUAAGCAGGAUGCGGGGAACUAUUCGGAUGAUGAAAUGGACGACUUUAUUGUCCCUGACGACUCAGAUGAAGACGUCAAGCCCACGAAGAAACGCAAGAGGGAGUCGAAUCACUCAUCUCGCAAAUCUUCUCUUCCAGCACCACAAGAUGAAGAUGAAGACGAACGAGAGGAAACCCGGGAUCUUGAUAUUCCAGAUGCCACUUCUGGUGCGACGUUGAAAUGGACGUAUGACCCUAAAAUGUCAGUUCCUCGUAAGGAACGAGCAGUUCGUCCUUCAUCCAAGGUCUCUCUGAGUUCCUCGAAGGAGAAGGCAUGGACGAGGGAACCCGAGGAGCGAUAUCCCUGGCUUGCAUCCAUUCGGGAUAUAGAUGGCCACCCCCCAGGCCAUCCUGACUACGACCCUCGCACGAUUUAUAUACCUCCAUUGGCCUGGAACAAGUUCUCUCCAUUUGAGAAGCAAUAUUGGGAAAUCAAGCAAAAGUUCUGGGACACGGUUGUCUUUUUCAAGAAGGGCAAGUUUUACGAGCUCUACGAGAACGAUGCCACUAUUGGCCACCAGCUCUUUGAUCUUAAGCUCACUGAUCGUGUCAAUAUGCGCAUGGUCGGUGUCCCAGAAAUGAGCCUGGACUAUUGGGCAAAUCAGUUUGUUGCCAAAGGGUACAAAAUCGCUCGUGUAGACCAAGCCGAGUCUGCUCUUGGAAAGGAGAUGCGUGAAAGAGAUGGCAAGAAAGGCGGCCGUGGUGGGAAAGAGGACAAGAUCAUUCGGCGAGAGUUGUCAUGUGUUCUCACGUCCGGCACUCUCGUUGAUGGAUCGAUGCUUCAGGAUGAUAUGGCCACAUUCUGCGUUGCAAUUAAGGAGGCCGUUGUCGAUGGUGCCCCUGCAUUUGGACUUUCAUUCGUCGACACCGCAACGGGACAGUUCUUUUUAUCAGAGUUUGUCGACGACGUUGACAUGACCAAGUUUGAAACAUUUGUAGCUCAGACCCGUCCACAGGAAUUGCUUCUUGAGAAAUCCAAUCUUUCUCAAAAAGCUCUGCGGAUCCUGAAGAACAACACUGGACCUACCACCAUUUGGAAUAACCUGAAACCGCGAAAAGAAUUCUGGGAAGCUGAUAUUACCCUGAAAGAACUCGAUGCUAGUGAGUACUUCGUCUCGCAGGAUGAUGACAAUUUGCAAGCAUGGCCAGAAGCCCUCCGGCAUGCUCGAAACAAGGAAUUGGUGAUGUCUGCGUUCGGAGCCUUAGUGCAGUACCUCAGACUUCUGAAACUUGACCGCGAUUUAAUCACUAUUGGCAACUUCUCCUGGUACGAUCCCAUCAGAAAAGCCUCCAGUCUGGUCCUUGAUGGCCAGACUCUUAUUAACAUGGAGAUCUUUGCGAAUUCAUUCGAUGGCAGCUCUGAAGGCACCCUUUUCCAGCUUCUCAACCGCUGCAUAACUCCCUUUGGAAAGCGGAUGUUCAAGCAGUGGGUUUGCCACCCUUUAAUGGAUACGAAGAAAAUAAAUGCCAGAUUGGAUGCUGUUGAUUCUUUAAAUGCUGACCCAAGCGUUCGGGACCAAUUCUCAUCCCAGCUAUCCAAGAUGCCCGACCUGGAGCGCCUGAUAUCUCGUAUUCAUGCAGGAAAUUGUAAGGCGCAAGACUUUGUCAGUGUCCUACAAGGAUUUGAACAGAUUGAGUACACUAUCAGCCUGCUCAAGGAUAGCAGCUCAGGUGAUGGGAUUAUAGGGCAACUGCUCAGUGCAAUGCCUGAUUUGACUUCGAUGCUUGAAUACUGGAAGACCGCUUUUGACCGCAACAAAGCUAAAGAGAACGGUAUUUUGGUACCUGAACCUGGUGUUGAGGAGGACUUUGAUAGCUCUCAGGAGGAUGUCGAGAAGCUUCAGGGUGACCUCAAUGACCUAUUGAAAAGGGUGAGACGUGAGCUAGGCUCAACUGCUAUUUGCUACAGGGACAACGGGAAGGAGAUAUAUCAGCUUGAAGUACCGAUUAAGGUGAAGGGCAUCCCGAAGAACUGGGAUCAGAUGUCUGCCACGAAGCAAGUGAAAAGAUAUUAUUUCCCUGAACUGAGAGUUCUCAUUCGCAAAUUGCAGGAGGCACAGGAAACACAUAGUCAGAUUGUCAAAGAAGUCGCUGGCCGAUUCUAUGCACGAUUUGACGAAAACUACAAAAUUUGGCUUGCGGCUGUCAAAAUAAUUGCGCAGCUAGACUGCUUGAUCAGUUUGGCCAAGGCUUCUGCAUCUCUAGGCCAGCCGAGCUGUCGACCUGUAUUUGUCAACGAUGAGCGAAGCGUCUUGGAGUUUGGGGAGCUACGCCAUCCUUGCCUUCUUUCGUCCGUUGAAGACUUCAUUCCCAAUGACGUGAGGCUGGGAGGUGACCAACCCAACAUUGACUUGCUCACCGGAGCCAAUGCUGCUGGAAAGUCCACGGUUCUUCGAAUGGUUUGUUCCAUCUGACCCUACUGUCACUUGUUAUUAUUUUCUAAACUAUUUGAAUAGACGUGUGUUGCUGUGAUCAUGGCUCAGAUCGGCUGCUACCUCCCCUGUCAAUCUGCCCGACUAACACCGGUCGACCGUAUCAUGUCCCGUCUGGGUGCUAAUGAUAACAUAUUUGCUGCGCAAUCGACAUUCUUCGUUGAGCUGUCAGAGACCGAGAAGAUUCUUUCCGAAGCAAGCUCUAGGUCCCUCGUCAUCCUUGACGAGCUGGGCCGUGGUACCAGCUCUUACGACGGCGUGGCAGUGGCACAAGCGGUUCUGCACCAUAUCGCCACUCAUAUCGGGGCUCUGGGCUUUUUCGCAACUCAUUAUCAUUCCCUUGCGGCCGAAUUUGAGGGCCACCCUGAAAUUGCGCCGAAACGGAUGCGUAUCCACGUUGAUGACGAAGAACGGCGCGUUACUUUUCUGUAUAAAUUAGAAGAUGGUGUUGCCGAAGGCAGCUUCGGUAUGCACUGCGCGUCGAUGUGUGGAAUACCGAGCAAGAUCAUUGAAAGAGCCGAAGUUGCCGCAAAGCAGUGGGAGCAUACAAGCCGUCUUAAAGAGAGUCUCGAACGCCGUAAAGGUGGCGGAUUCAUUAGCUUGGGCUGGUGGAGCGACGUUGCCUGGGCACUGAAAGAGUCCGUCGGUAAAGACGGUGACGACUCUAAUCCGGUCUCUGAGAGGGGGUUGGAAGUCCUUUGCAAGGCCAUAGAAGCUAUAUGAUGAGCGUUUGAGCUCUUGUCCUUGAUGGAGAAGAGUUUAAGGUGAAGCCAGAAGGUGUGGAAUUCACUAUAAAUGUCUAGAUGUCAUCUUCACUGAAUUGUUCAAUCUAAGUUGUUGUCUUGUCGGGUUAUUUUAAUCUGCUGGGUUUGAGCUUUUACGAAGGGAACUAUCUUCCAUCACAUAACCUAUAUACUAUCUAUAUAUUUUAUCAGGUAAUAAUGGGGAUGGAAAUAUGUGUCAGUAAUAGAAGGCCAUAGAAGAAAUACAAUCGUUUUUAUCCGGGUUUGUCCUGGGUCUCUUGGAC